AUGUUUUGCAGUGGUGCCUGGUGUAGAAGUGAUUGUUUGCUACAGGUCCAGGUGCUGGACAGGUUUUGGAACAGCACGCAGGUUGUAGGAUAUGGAUUGAGAGGAUUGGAGGGUUGGCGGUUACGACAGCAUAAGAUGAGUAGAAGGGGCUGGUGUGGACGGAGCAGGGUGCAGGAGAUGGUGCUAGCAGUGAAGGAGCCUCUAGGAUGUGUGUGGCUACCUUUCAUGCUAGUGCGUGUUUGCCAGCUUGUCUCAGGUGGAGACCAUGCCAGGUUUAGUGGAGAAAGAGGGUCUUGGAGGAGAUCGAACCUGUUGUUUGUAGGGAGGGCAUUAUGUGUGUAUGUUGUGAUGCAAGUGGACGGCUGGGCUUGGUUAAAGGUUUGUUUGUUUUAG